UUUAUUCUCUCGGUGGAAGUUGCAACGAAUGACGCGAGAGUGUGGCACCUUCUGUUUCGCUGGUGCUGACCAAUGAAUGUCCCAUCUGCAGCGCACCGUGGCUUAAAGACAAGAUGACCUAAUCUCACUAAAUUGAUCAUCUGCACUACUCGCCAUGUCCACCCACCGUGCUGUCGCUAUCACUGCCAUUGGGUCGCUGCAGGUCAUCGACUUGCCUACCCCAGCUCCUGAGCCCGACGAAGUGCUAGUGCAUGUACGCUACGCUGCACUUAUCCCUUUCGACGAAUAUCAACUCGAUGCAGGUUUCGCGCUGUCCGUGAACGACUUCCCGCGUGUGGUCGGGUUUGCUAGUGCGGGAUAUGUGAAGGCCGUCGGAUCGAACGUGAAGGACUUGAAGGAAGGGGAUAGGGUUACUGCAUACAACUUCCCUGAGACGAAGAACAAAGCUGCUCAAGAGUAUACACUUGUGCCGCGGGUCCAUGUCGCGAAGGUCCCAGAAUCGGUUCAGCUGCACGAAGCAGCAUCCAUUACGGACAACUACACCACUGCCAUAUACACCGUUUUCGGUAGUCCCAAUCUCGCACUACCAGUGCCUCCGUCCCUAGUUCCGUCUUCCGCGAUCCCUGAACGCACCGCUGUGGACCUUUCCGCACCUGCCCUUGUCUACGGCGCGGGCUCGUCCUCUGGCCAGUUCCUCGUUCAGGCUCUGCGCAUUGCAGGCUUCACGAACAUCUUUGCUGUCGCGUCAAGCCACCAUCAUACCUUCCUGCGCACGCUUGGCGCUACUCAGACCUUCGACUACCGCGCACCGGACGUCGUCUCGCAGAUUCGCGCUGCUGCCGGCAGCACCGCGUACGGGCGCUUCGCAGUCGCGGUCGACCCUAUCGCUGCACGCUCGAGCCUGACGCUGCUUAGCGAAAUCCUCGCGCCGUCCGGCACUGCAGCAGACACGCCCGCAACGCGGCUCGCGAUCCUCGCGCCAUUCAAGGAUGGCGACAGCGUGACGAACGCGCCCGAUAGCGCGAUGCACUUCACGUUCCCGCCCUGGCUCGAUGCGCUGUUCGCUGGCAAGGACGUGCAGCUCCUCCCGAUCUUUACCUUCCAACUGCACGGCGACGCCUUCUCGCGCGAAAACAUUAUUCCUGUCAUUCUCCCGCGGCUUCUCGAGCGCGGUGAGAUACGGCCGAACCCCAUUCGGUUAUUGAACGAGGGCAGCGUGCUAGAUCGCGUAAACACGGGGUUGGAGCUGUUGAGGAAGAACAAGGUUAGCGGGGAGAAGGUUGUUGUCGACUUGCAGUUCGAUGUCUAGGACUCAUAUCGGAGAAUCCUGUAAUAUUGUGCGUAUAUGAAGAAUCAUGAAUUCGAUGACAGCAUGCCCCCUCCCCAAACACUGUCUGCAAGAACUGUUCGCUCCAGUUAAGAUGACGGUUAGCGUAAGGGCUUAUAGGACAAGAAGGCAGGCAGCCUCUACUGCAUGACGGUCUGGGAGAGUGAUAUAUAUAUACAUAUGCACCUUUGUGGGUAUUCUGAUCGUUUGCUACCUAUAAAGUUCGAGGCUUGCGCGCACCAGCGCUGUCUAGGAGGCGGG